AAUCUGAUUUCUUGGAUGCCCAUUCUUCAAGUCAUAGCAAAUUUCUUUAACAUAAUGGUAAAUCUUAAUUAAUUUAAUUUGGUCCUUGUGUGUCGAGCAAACAAAACAGGCAUCUCCUUUUUAAUAGGUGAAGUGAAAAUAUCUGAGAUGGUCCUCUUAUAGAAUAUUCCGACAAGGAAGAGUAGGAAAGAAAGGAAGUGGUGUAGCGGUUUUGGUGGUUGAGGGGCACAGGAAAGUGGUGGCGGAAGAGUGACAGCACAGGGACAGGGGGCGACUUUCAUUUAUAGAUUGUUGGAAGGUGAAUGGGAAAAGCAGAGAAGAGAGAAUAAUAGAAAAUGGAAACAGGGGGCGACUUUCAUUUGAUACGGUGAAUGGGGCCGUGUAUUGGAUAAAGGGGCACGUGAGGGAAAUGGCAUCCAAUCACGGGGCAGUGAUGUAAUAAGCAGCCUUAAACUAUUCUACAAGUGGCAUCUUCCACUCUCCAUUGCCAUCUAAUUCCAAUUUCUAAUAUCUAUCAAUCUCAAGCUUUCAAAAAUUCAAGACCAUGUACCCCUCUUCCUCCUCCUCCUCCCACUCCCACACCUCCGUCAGCCAGGCGGGUGCCGGAGUGGGGGUUGGCCUCACCCGCUACGGCUCUGCUCCGGGCUCUCUCCUCACCAGCACGGUCGAGGCCGUUAUUGGCCCUUACUAUUCGGGAGACUCUUCCGAGUCAAACUGCAAGGACCAGGGGCAUGGAUCUUCCUCUUACGACAACCACGCCUUCGGAUCCGCCUUGCUCCGUCAGAAAAGCACUCCCGCCGCUUUUCUCUCUCAUCUCGCCGCCACCACUCCCAAUCACAGCCACAGCCACAGCCACAACGCGGGCUUCACGAUCACCCGGGGCAGCUCUCAUUCCGCAAGGUUGAAGUCUCAAUUGAGCUUCACGGGUCAUUGCCAAGAAUCUGAGAACAGCAACAAUGUCGUCGUUGGGGUUGGGGACCCCGCCGCCUUCGCGUGGGACAGUUCCACUUCCAUUGCCUUUUCUGCCCCCCCAACCAAGCGUUCCAAAAAUGGCAACGAUCCCUCCGACAUUCUGCAUUGUCUCACUGCCUUGGAAUCUCAGUUUAGUCUCCCACAAACGACUCUGGAGAUGGCAACAGUGGAGAAGCUAUUGCAUAUUCCUGAAGAUUCCGUCCCUUGUAAAAUCCGCGCCAAGCGAGGUUGCGCUACUCAUCCGCGUAGCAUUGCAGAGAGGGAGAGAAGAACAAGAAUAAGUGGCAAGCUCAAGAAAUUACAGGACCUUGUGCCUAAUAUGGAUAAGCAAACAAGCUAUGCAGACAUGCUGGAUUUGGCCGUUCAACAUAUUAAAGGUCUUCAAAGUCAGGUUCAGAAGCUUCACAAAGAACUUGAGAAUUGCACUUGCGGAUGCAAACAAAGCAAAUAGCUUAUUUUGUUUUACUAGAUUUAUGGCAACGUGCAUAGAAGUCAAGGUUUUGAUGGCAAAGAACGAAAACUGAUUUUGUACCGUCUUACUUAAAUGGACAAUGACGGAGCCAAAUGAUUCUAGGAUGUCAAUUCUACAGUUGUACAGUGUAUGAUAUGGUAGUCCAGAAAAAUUUGUUUGUUUUCUUCUAGAAUCAAGAAUUGCCUUCCAAAGUCGAGAUUGCUUCUCUCUUGAGAUUGUUUAUUUUGUUGUUUGGGUAAGGCUGUUACGAUGAAUAUUUAUGAAAUCAGAACAAUAAUAGAAAUAAGAAUGGGAUUAAUUAGUG